AUGCUUGAUUAUAUACCAUUCACUAAAGGUUAAGAAAACGAGAUUAAAGUAACAAGUAGUAUAGUAGGAGGAUACAAUUCAAUACUAAAAAAUUAAAAAUUUACACUUAAAUUUCUAUAAAAUAAACAAAACUAUGCUAAAAUCAAUAAAGUUACUGAUUUUUAAUCACUUUUAUAUUCUCCUGAAUAAAUUACUACUAGAUCAUUAGAUAUCUAGUAAUAUGAAUAUAUUUUACAUAAAGAUGGUUCACAAUAUAAAUUAAAAGAUUAUAAAAAAAUUUCUAAAGGAUAAUAAAUAAUUUUGACAAGAAAACAAUAGUAAUAAUCAAUUUAAGUUGAAAAUAUUCAUUUAAAUGAAAAUUCUGAUCAUUAAAAGAAAUUAGAAUUAGCACUAAAUAGAUCCAAGUUUAAUCGUGUUGGUAGUAUUUGUGAAACAUAAAGAUCUCAAGACUCUUUAUCUAGUAUAUAAAAAAUUACUAGAUAUUAAUAAUUACAACAAUCAAAUUAAUAUUUAGUCUUGUAAUAUUAAGAUGAGUAUAAUAGAAAAAUAUCUAAUUAAUAAGAUUAAAGUCAUUCAAGUAUAAAUGUUGAACAUUAAAUUGAAGAUAUAACAAUUUAAAAGAAUGAAGAAAUAGUUUUAAAUGAUUCAAUAGAUAAUAAAAACUAUUCUCAUAAAGAAUUCCUAAAAUAAAUUGAUAUUUAAGAUUUGUAAUAACAUCUGUAAGUUAAUGAAAGUUGUGCUAUAUCAUAAUUCUCAUAUCCUUAGUAAUAAUCUAUUAAUAAUGAAAUUUCUUUAAUUAAUUAUGAUGAUGAUGAAGAGGAUUAUGAAGAAGAAAAUGAAGAAUAAAUUAAAUUUGACAAAAAGUAAAUGAAAAAUAAAAAUUAAUCAAGACAAAAAUAAUAAAACUAAUAACAAUUAAAUUCUAAAACAAAUUAAAGUAUACAAUCAGUAAAAAAAUCAGAUGGAAUAAGAUCGAAUAAAAUUAGUAGACAAUAAUCUUAGAUGUCUUUAUCAGAUUUAGAUAGAAUAGAAUAAAUAAUUCAAUAGAAUGAAAAUGAUUUGGAUGAAGUAGAACAAAGACAAAGAGAUAAGAUGAAACAACAAAUUAGAGAAUUAGAAGAAAGAAUAUAGAAGACAAAAGAAAGAUAAGAGUAAUUUUAAUAUAAUUCAGAAGACUAUAAUGAUUAGAGUAGAGAAUAUUUAUAAACUAAAAAAAUGGAAUAAUAAUAAUAAUAAUAAUAAUAAUAAUAAUAAUAAUAAUAAUAAUAAUAAUAAUAAUAAUAUUAAGUAUAACAACAUUAAUCAAAAAAAUAAGGAAAAAAUGAAUUUAAAUCAUCUAUUUAAACACAAUCAAUUAUUUCUAAAUAACCAAAGUAAGUAAUAUUAUUAGAUUCUUAAAGUUAAGCAGUUUUACCUAAUACUAAUUAAUAAUUAGAACAUCCUAUUAUAAUUAAAUCACCUAAACAGGAAAAGAAAAAUUUAGAUAUGAAUGAAAAUGAAUCAAAAAGAAUAUCGUAGCAUAGUAUUGAAUUAGAAAAUUCUGUUAUUGAAUCAUAAAAAGAUUUAGAAAAACAAUAAAAUAACAAUAUUCCUAUUAUUUCUGAUCCACUAAUAAAAAUAGAAAAUAGAUUAAAAGAGAUAUAAGAAGAUAUAGAGAUUCAUUAAAGGAAAUAAAGUGAAGUAGAUUUUGCUGAUUUCUUAUUAACUUCAGGAAAUGUAUUCGAUAAAAAUUAUGAAGUAAUAUAAUUAAUUUAAUGAUAGAAAUAUAAGAUUUUUCAAUUUGAUAAACAAUCAGAAGAUCCACCUGGAAAUUUUAGAGAGGAAGAUAUAAAUUUAUAUCAUUAGAUGAAGUAUUGGGAUACUUAAAAUACUGGAAAUAAUAAGAAAAUCUUAUCAAUUGCAGAUUUUGUAAGAGGUGUCUAUACUAAAUUUACUUCAGAGGCUAAUAUAUGUGAAGAAGAUAUUAAAACAUAAAAAUCAAUAGAUUCUGAUUGGGAAUGA